GUUGUUGUUAGAAAUGCAACUUAAUUAAGUUGACAUGUAUGCAAAAUAGAUCUUUAUGUUGGCAUCGUAUCUGAUUUAUUGCAACUCGCCCGAAACAUUGAAUGUAUGAACUGUUUAAAAUUCCCAACGCAAUCACGUGAUGUACAAAAUGUCGGCGCCCAUGGAAGAUAAAAAGGAACAUAAACAACUCCAAUUUGUGUCAUUCAGUAGUUUUCUGGACUCUGGAUUUUGGCAUAAACUUUCGGAAAAUAAACUUGAUGUCUAUGGCUUAGAUGAGAGUGAGAAAGAGAUCAAAGGAUUUUACUACAAUGGAGAUCCGGCGGGGAUGCCUUGUAGAAUGAAUGUAGAAUUUACAGCAUUUGAAAAAGAUGCAAAGACACCACAUAAAUGCUUGCCAAUGCCUGGGAUGCUACACAAUACCAACACCAUCGACAAAUUCAAAGAAUGUGAUAAGAAAGAUAUGUUGAAUCAGGCAGGGAAAGGGAUCUGGGAUGCGAUUGUCAGUGGAGAAGCAUUGGAAUCUCCUGAACUUCUCUCCAGAUUCCUCCUCCUAACAUUUGCUGAUUUAAAAAAGUACCAUUAUUACUACUGGUUUUGUUUUCCCUGCCUGUGUACCCCAACUGAUGUUACCUUGAACUCAGGGCCAAUCAAAAUCAAGGACAAAUUCACUGCAGACCAGGUUGGGAUGUUUCUGCAAGCCUAUGAUGAAUUCCAAGGUCAGCAAGAAACCUAUCAGGGAUAUUUCAUCACAGUUUAUUCCCAGGGAGGAUUUGUUAUAGACAAUGUAAAAAAUAUGAUCCUAUAUAACAAUACACACGAGAUAUACUUUGGAGUGUGUGAUCCCAGCACCAUUGAAGAUUAUCCUGGUUGGCCACUCAGGAACUUUCUAGUUUUAAUAUCACAUCACUGGAAAGGUGACUUGAAAAAUGUAAAUAUAUUGUGUAUGCGAGAUAGAACUCGAGAUGGAUCCCGAGAUAUCUCGCACAGUCUCGUACUGUCCAUCAGUAUUCCGGAAAUGAAAAGUUUAAAUGAAUGUCCAAAAUGUGUAGGAUGGGAGAAAAAUGAAAAACAGAAACUAGCCCCAAGAUUUGUGAACCUCAGUGCAACAAUGGAUCCCACUAGGCUUGCUGCUUCAGCCGUCGACCUCAAUCUGAAGUUGAUGAGAUGGAGACUACUACCGGAGCUGAAUUUAGACCGAGUAUCAGGGACCAGAUGUCUACUGUUAGGAGCCGGCACUCUCGGAUGCAAUGUGGCAAGGUGUUUACUGGGUUGGGGAGUACGAAGCAUAACUCUUGUUGACAAUGGUAAGGUCUCAUACUCCAACCCAGUACGCCAGACCUUAUUUGUGUUUGAGGAUUGUGUAAAGGGAGGUAAGCCAAAGGCGGAAGCAGCAGCUGAGGCACUGAAGAAAAUAUUUCCUGGGGUGGAUGCCAAAGGAAUAAGUCUGUCCAUUCCAAUGCCUGGCCAUGCAGUUCCAGAUAGUGCUAUAGAAAUUGUACAGAAGGAUGUAAAAACACUCCAGGAUUUGGUGAAUUCCCAUGAUGCAAUAUUCUUACUACUGGACACAAGAGAAAGUCGAUGGCUUCCUACACUAAUGGCAGCUGAAAAGAAAAAGAUUGUGAUAUGUUCUGCCUUAGGGUUUGACACAUACCUAGUCAUGCGUCAUGGAGUGAAGUCAGACGUUGAGGAGAGAGAACCAGCACCUCUUUCCUCCUACACCUCAAUACCAGGGGACCAGCUAGGCUGUUAUUUCUGUAAUGAUGUUGUGGCCCCGGGAAAUUCGUUAAGGGACCGGACUCUGGACCAGCAGUGUACCGUUUCCCGGCCGGGGAUUUCUUACAUGGCUGCUGCUCUAGCUGUAGAACUUCUGGUGUCCAUACUGCAACAUCCACAACUAGGAGAAGCCCCAGCAGACUCCAGCGCUAAUGAUGAGCACCUGAACAAGGAAUUUGGCUGUUCACUCGGUCUAAUUCCACACCAGAUUCGUUGCUUUAUGUCCCGUUUUCAACAAAUCCUUCCUGCCUGUAGAGCAUUUGAUAAAUGUACUGCCUGUUCUAAAACUGUGAUACAGCAAUAUAGGGAAGAUGGCUUUACUUUUCUACGGAGAGCGUUUAACGAACCUUCCUAUUUAGAGGAUUUGACUGGACUGACUCAGAUGCAUCAGGAGACUCUAGAUGCUGAGGUUUGGGGAUUCAGUGAUGAUGAGGAAUGUAACAUCAUGGAGCUUUCUUGAUGGUGGAUAAUGAACUGUUCUUUAUGUUUUAUUUAACAUGUGUAGCCAAUGUACAAUUUGUCACUUAUUUAUUGCAAAUUAUUCUUUUAUCCAUAUUUAUGAAUGAGAAAAAUAUACAGUGGUAUAAUAAUAACUGUGUACUUGUGUUGCUUAGAAAUUGAAAAUGACAUUUUAUAUUUAUUAUAGAAAUGAUCCAAUGCU